AGUUGCGGUUGAGUCAAUCCGAUUAGGAGGCGUAAAUUUCCGUAGUGUCGAAUUGGAAAGCCAUUUAAUUUAGCAAAGUAAAAAUAAAACAAAGUGUUGUAUAAAUAAAUAUAAUACAAAUGUUAUCAACUGCGAAAUCUUGCAGCGUUAAAACUAUAAAACAGGAGCCACGUUCACAGUUUUUUUCUAAAUUUUUAUUCAUUCGCUUCAUUUCGUAUAAGCGUUCGGUAUCCCGCAGCGUUUAUUAGAUAUUUCACUUUUUCGUUUAACUUGCAACAGCCUAGUUUUGUGAUUGAUUUGUGCAGUUUUCAGUGUUAAGAUUAAAAUAGAAAUCCAACGCGUGGCGUUAGCGCUUCGAAAAACUAACAUGCAUGAUUUAGUUAAAGCGGAAAAUAGUGCAAGGAAAAAAUAAGAAAAUUGAGCGGUUAGUUUAUUUUUCAUCACCCGUGAGAAGGAAAGAGAGCUAGCGAAAAUUUGCCAGCCAAGUGUGUAUGUUUGUAUAAAAAGUGUGAAAUACACACAAAUUAUUGAAUUAAAUUGAAUUAUGUGGUGUGUUGAAAUGUAAAGUAUCAAAAAAGCGAAGCGUCCAUUAGAAAGGAGUGCCUGCUUAUGUUGCUGGGACAAAGUGUUAACAAAAGCAACACAAAAAUGCAUCGCAACAAAAAGGAAUAAAUGACAAACAAAAAAGGGCAAUAAAACUGUAAACUAGCGAAUGUAUCACAACGGAAUUUGUUACACGCACAAGAGUGCUAGAGAAACUGAUUGCACAGUAGCAGCGUAGUAAGUGCAACCACAUAAGUAUUACCGGAUAAACAGCCACUCAAAUCACCAGCACAAAAACAACAACAGCAGACGCAACAAGCGACUUGACUAUGAAUUGACAAAGGUAUGGACUCAUUACACGUGACGAGUACUGCUGGUGGUAGUGGUACACAAUUAUCGUCAUUACUCUCGACAACAGCCAAUAUAGCCGCAACGUCGCCCGCCAAAGAUCAUCAUAAUCUGUUGUUGUUAAGUCAAAGUGAAGGAAGCGGACAGUUGCGCAAAAGUAGAUCUCCAUCGGACGCACGCAGUUCCGAACAAAUGUCACGUGAACGUAAUCAUCGCGGUGACAGCACCGACUCGGCGAGUCACGCCGAGAGAACAGCAACAGCAGUGACGUCUGCGACAGUCGCCUCGGCGGCGGUGGGCACCAUCGGCACACUGGGUGGCGCCGGCGCAUCGGGCACCUCCCUCGCGACAACCACAUCGACGGGCGGUAUCAGCAGUUACGGUAGCAGCACGAUGACCGGUUGCAUUGGGAGCGGCAGCAGUGGUGCCACCGUUGCCACAUUUCGCGGUUUCCGCAGCCAUUCGCCAUCGAGUCGACGCAGUCGGGAACGCAGCCGCCGUGAAUUUCAGCGCACACAUGGUUCCGAUCAGGGCGGACUGUUGGCCUACAGUGGUCUGAGUAAUUUAAGCGCCGGUGGCAUCAGUGGCGGUGGUGGUGUUGGUGGAGUUGGCGUUAGUGGCGGUGGCAUUAGCGGCGGCAUAGGUGGCUUCAUUGUGGGCAGUGGUGAUGGUAGCACAAUGGAGAGUAUGGGUGGUGUUGGCGUCGAGGAUUCGCGUUUAUCAGGCACCGAGGAUCUCUGCUAUCAAUCGUUCGCUUCCGACGAACAAGAUGGCUCUCAUGUGGGUGUUGAUGGUAACAAGAAACACCAUCGUCGCCAUGAACGUACCUCCAGUUUGCAAGCGCUCGAUCGGCUUAAUACGAAAAUUCAAUGUACAAAGGAAUCCAUACGAAAGGAACAAACUGCCAGAGAUGAUAACGUGAAUGAAUAUUUGAAAUUGGCGGCGAGUGCUGAUAAGCAGCAACUGCAGCGAAUAAAGGCUGUUUUCGAGAAGAAAAACCAGAAAAGCGCACACAGCAUUUCGCAGCUCCAAAAAAAGCUGGACAAUUAUACGAAACGCGCGAAAGAUUUGUCUAAUCAUCAAUUUGCGAAUAAGAGCCAACAUCGGCAGCCACGAGAAGUACUGCGCGAUGUGGGCCAGGGGCUAAGAAAUGUCGGUGGCAAUAUACGCGAUGGCAUAACCGGGUUUUCCGGUUCGGUGAUGUCCAAGCCGCGCGAAUUCGCACAUUUAAUUAAAAAUAAAUUCGGUAGCGCUGACAAUAUUAACCAAAUGUCAGAAACUGAAAUCAACAACAUUAACAUGCCAGUCAAUGCUGAAUUGAUUGGUAGUUCGACGCCGAAUAAUAACAUUGCGGCCACCUCCACCGGUUCGGGUAAUACGGGUGGUGCGGGUAGCGGUAAAUUUAACAGCGAUAACGGCAGUGAGUGCAGCAGCGUUACCAGCGAGAGUAUACCAGCAGGCUCUGGCAAGAGUCAAUCGGGUGCGAGCCAAUAUCAUCUUGUGCUCAAAUCGCUCUUAACUGAAUUGACUGAACGUAAAGAUGAAAUCGAAAAACUGAAAGAGCGUGUUGAACGAUUAGAGACUGCACAAAAGGAAUUCAAUAACUUAACUGCAACACUGGAAGGUGAACGCUACCGCGCUGAAAGUUUAGAGGAGCAAAUUAACGAUUUAACCGAACUGCAUCAGAAUGAAAUUGAAAAUCUGAAACAAACAAUUGCCGAUAUGGAGGAAAAGGUGCAAUAUCAAAGUGAUGAGCGUCUGCGCGACGUUAACGAAGUACUGGAGAAUUGCCAAACGCGGAUUUCGAAAAUGGAACAUUUAUCACAGCAGCAAUACGUGACCGUCGAGGGUAUAGACAAUUCGAAUGCACGUGCGCUCGUCGUCAAGCUCAUUAAUGUCGUCUUAACGGUGUUACAAGUGGUAUUGUUAUUGGUGGCGACGGCCGCGGGUAUUAUAAUGCCGUUCCUGAAAACAAGAGUGCGCGUGCUGACGACAUUCUUGUUCAUAUUCUUCAUUAUAUUUGUGAUACGACAAUGGCCUGAUGUGCAGGACAUCGGUGCUGGACUUAUGCGACAUUUAAAGGAAUCAUUGGUUGUUAAAUGAAGUACAUAAAUGGCGCUUGUAAACAAGAGACAAAAACAUACACAAACACACAUACAGACACACACGUGCAUACAUGCAAUAAACACACUGGAAGAGGAAGCAGUAAUGCAUAGAAAUAAAUAGC